AUCAAACCAACACCACAACCUUGUCCCUUAUAAAUAUUUAUAAAUAAAAGGCAGACCCAAGACCCUUCGUUGAGAGAGAGGGAGAGAGAAUGGCAGCUCGAAUCGCUGUUUUCGCCGUCGGAUUCACGUCGUUUCUCGUUGCAUUCGCCCAUGCACACCAGUAUAAUGUAAAAUUUGGGUACACGGGAUCGAUCGGGCCCACCCAAUGGGGAAAUCUGAGCCCUGAUUAUCAAGUGUGUUCUAACGGAAAGCUUCAAUCUCCAAUCGACAUUGUAAAGAAGGACGUGGUUUCAGAUAACCAAUUGGGACCGUUGGUCAAAGAUUAUGGUCCUGCCAAUGCCACAUUAGUCGAUAAUGGCUUCAAUAUUGCGAUCCAGUUGGAAAGUGAUGCUGGAGGCAUCACCAUACAGGGAAAGUCUUACAGACUAAAACAACUGCAUUGGCAUUCUCCCUCCGAACACACCAUAGAUGGCGUCAGAUAUCCAGUGGAGCUUCAUCUCGUUCAUAAGAGUGAUGAUGGUAACCUCGCUGUCACAGCGAUGCUUUACAAAUUCGGCGAUCGGGAUUCAUUUCUAACACAGCUUAAAGAUCACAUAGAUCAAUUGGCAAAAGAAGCAUGCGGAGGUGAUGAAGACGCACUAGUUCCCCUCGGGAUUUUGGAAGCUAAGGAGAUGGAAAAGACUACCCAAAAGUAUUAUAGGUAUAUCGGGUCGCUUACAAUUCCGCCUUGCACCGAGAACGUCAUAUGGAGCAUCCCCGCCAAGGUGAGGGAAUUAACUAUGGAGCAAGUGGCUGCACUGAAAGCACCGUUGGAUGCGUCGUGCAAGAACAAUGCAAGGCCCACACAGCCACUCAACGGCCGACAGGUGCAGCUACACCAUGAGUAGUGGGCCCACUAAUCUUAUCCACAUAUAUGGCCCAUCAUCCACCAUCUUCAUCAUCAUCACUAUCGUCAUCGUCAUCGUCAUCAUCAUUGUCAUCGUGGUCGUCAUUUGUGUCCGUUCCUUGUUAAUGAACCGUGCAAGUGUGUGUGUGUGUGUGUAUCGUAACGUAUGCAUGUAACAGAUUGAAAACAGAAAUGAUUCUAUACAAUGUUGUAUGUUAACAUAAAA